AUGUUGGGCGAUGGAGAGGCUGAGGAGACGGUGAACAUUGGAGUGAGAUACAAACCCAGGCUCAGAGCGGCCAAUGGGAACGCAGGACCGAGGGGCCUAUCCAUGGCAUCCAAUCGGAUCGUGCUGCUCCGCUGCCGGUCAGAGGUCGCACCGGGCGACCCCCGGCCCGGGGUCACGGAGGGGUCAGGGGUCAGAGGUCACACACCUGGAACAGGGGCUUCACCUGGGGGCUGGUCGCCGGAGCCCCCCCAGGAGGAGGUGGGGGCCGUGGGGGACCCCCCGCAGGAGGGCGAGGUGGUGGCCGUGCGGGACCACCUCCCCGGCAGCUUCGCGGCGCUGGGCUUCAGCGCGGGCGAGCGUCUGGUGGUCUUGGACGCCUCGGGGCCCGACUGGUGGUACGCCCACAACCAGCGGGAGAUGGGCUUCAUCCCCGCCGCCUCCGUCCGGCCGCUGGGCCCCGCCGACCGCCCGGGGGGGGGCCGCGACGCAGGGGUCCCGGGGGAACGGACCGGGGUCACCCUGACGCCCGUCGCGCCCGACACCUGCCUGCCGGGCGGGGGGGCGGGGCCGGGAAGGAGUGGGCGGAGCCUCAGGGGCCCGACGGACCUCAUGGUGUUUGAAACCUCGCCCCCCCUCCCCUCGGGGCCCCGCCCUGUGUCGGGGGAGGGGGGGCCCCAGGGGGUCCGCAGCCCUGAUGUGUGCAGCGCCUCGCCCCCGAGCGGGCCCCGGGACCCCCCGUCCCUCAGGGGCCGACGCUCCCGCAGCCUGUCAGAGCUGUCCUCCCCGGGCCCGCCCCCCCCUGGCCCCUCCCCCGGCCACGCCCCCCUCCGGGCCCCCGCCCCGGAGCAGUUCCAGAGCCGGGACUCCUUCCGGGCGGCCUGGCUGAGCCACCGCCGGCUGGCCCGCUCCUGCCACGCCCUGGACUCGCUGGGCGGCGGGGGCCCCGGGGGGGGGCCUGGGUGGGGCCAGACCCAGCCGGUGGAGGCCAGCGUGGUGUGCCGGCUGGACCACCGCGGGGGGGUGGUCCAGCUCCCGGACACCCACAUCAGCGUGCUGGUCCCCGAGGGCCAGGUGGGCCCCGGGGCCUCCCAGCAGGUGUCCCUGCGGGCCCUCCUGGACCCCCCCCCGGCGCUGAGCAGCGAGCUGUGCUCCACCGUCAGCCCCCUGCUGGAGCUCCGGCUCAGCCACACCGAGGCCCCCUCCUUCCUGACCCUGGAGGGCCGCGUGGCGGUGGCCCUGCGGCGGGACGGGGGCCCCGAGGCGCGGCUGCUCUGCGUGCGGAGCCCCCUCCGGGAGGGCCCCUACGCAGCCGUCCCCGGCACCUACCUGUACCGCGACACCGUGCAGGUGCAGCUGGACCGCCUGCAGCCGCUCAUGUACCUGGCCCUGGUGGUCCAGGCCGCGCCCCCCCCCGCCGGGGCCCCCAGCGGGGGGCCCGGCCCCUCGGUGUGGGAGCAGGUCCUCAAGAAGAUGACCCUGGGGCUGUACGGCCCCAAGCACCUCCACCCCUCCUUCAGGGCCGUGACCGCCCUGUUCGGCCACGACUGCACCCCCCAGACCCUGCUGGUGGGCGGGGGGGCCGCGGUGCUCCACCUCUGGGGGAAGCACCAGUUCGUGCUGGGCGCCCCCCAGGACCUCCGGGUGGCGCUGUACUCCAACACCCCGGGCUACGAGGUGGGGGCGGGCGAGGGGCUGAUCCCGGGCGUGGCCGUGCUGCUGGGGGGGCCGGGCCGGCUGGUGCACACCCUGACCGCCCGGGGGCCCGGCCGGGGGGCCGCCUUCACCCUGAGGGUGCAGGUCCGGGACCCCCUGGACGCCGUCCUGGCUCAGUUCUGCGUGCAGACGCCGCCCCCUCCGCCGCUGUCGGCGGGGGCGGGGGCGGGGCCCCGGAGGUUCCUGAAGAGGGCGGAGGUGGAGCGCAUCCUGCUGUCGCCGCUCGCCGUGCCCUCCAAGCCGCCCGGCUUCCAGGACCGCCGCCUCACCAACCUGCGCUUCGGCCGCCUCACCAAGACGGUGUCCCGGCGGCCCCGGGACCCCUACCUGCUGGAGUACCGGCGCGGCGAUGCCGUGGCGCUGCUCAGCGAGGAGCGCGUCCGGCUGCGGGGCCGGCGCCGCACCAAGGACUGGUACGUGGGCUGGAGCCGCGGCCGGCUGGGCCUGGUGCACGCCGCCAACGUGCGGCCGCUGGGCCGGGUGCGGCCCCCGGGCUGGGAGGGGCCCGACGUCACCACGGCGGCACUGCUGGAGCAGGGGGUGGCGCCCUGCCGCCGCCUGACCUACGUGUACGCCUCGCUGCGCACGCUGCUCAUGGAGCAGGUGGGCGGCUGGCGGGCCUUCGCCGACGCCCUGGGCUACGGCGGGCGGCCGCUGGCCUUCUUCUGCUGGGCGGCGCCCGACACGGAGCCCGAGAGGGUGGCGUCGGUGCUGGGGAGGCUGAAGGAGGACUGCAGCGGGGCCGGGAGCCCGGGGCGCCGCUGCUUCCAGAGGGAGCUCUUCAUGGCGCUGCUGAAGCUGGACCUGCAGGGCCUGGUCCUGAGGCUGCUCCAGGACCAGGCCCUGCUGACGGCGGCGGUGGAGCUGGGCCCCCUCUGGAGGGAGCUGGCCCCCCGCCUCGCCCACGUCUCCCCCCGGCAGAUGGACGCCUACGAGGCCCCGCACCGCGACCGCAGCGGCCUGCUGGACCACCAGUCCAUGUGGCGGCCGGCGUACGACUUCCUGCUGACCUGGGCGGCGGCGGUGGGGGACUGCUGCCGGGACGUCCUGCAGGAGCUGCAGCUGGGCCUGGACCGCAUGCGGGGCCCGGCCCCCCGGCGCUGGAGGCACCUGACGGGGGUCCUGCUGCUGGUGCACGCCCUGGAGCCCCUCAGGGCCGCCGCCUUCUGCCCCCGGCCCACGCACCCCGACACGCCCAUCUAG